AUGGGUGUCCAUGGGCUCUGGACGGUCGUACAUCCUUGUGCACGGCCCAUUAAAUUGGAAACUCUCAACAAAAAACGCCUGGCUGUCGAUGCAUCGAUAUGGAUUUACCAGUUUUUGAAGGCGGUACGCGACAAAGAAGGCAAUGCUCUCCGGAACUCUCAUAUCGUGGGCUUCUUUCGCCGCAUAUGCAAGCUACUCUACUUCGGAAUCCAGCCGGUCUUCGUAUUUGAUGGUGGCGCUCCGGUCCUCAAGCGCCAGACUAUAGCAAACCGGAAGAAACGGCGCGAAGGUCGGAGAGAAGAUGCCGUGCGGACCGCUGGAAAGCUGCUGGCUGUGCAGCUGCAAAGGUCUGCUGAGGAAGAGGCGGCUAUCCGUCGGAGGGGGAGAACGACAAAUGAAGAGGAGGUGCCGGACAACCCUGUUUAUGUUGGUGAUGCUUUCAUAACGGAACAGGAAAAGAAGCAGACGCGGUCAUUCAAGAAGAAAGACGCCUAUCAUCUGCCGGAUUUACAAACCAGCCUUGAAGAGAUGGGGGCCCCCAAUGACCCUCGCAUCAUGUCACAGGAAGAAUUGGAGGAAUAUGCGAGGCAAUUUCAUCAGGGAGAAGAUAUCAAUUUGUAUGAUUUCUCGAAAAUUGACUUUGAUAGCCCAUUCUUCGUCAGUCUCCCGGCGACGGACCGGUACAAUAUCCUCAAUGCGGCCAGACUCCGAAGCCGUCUCCGGAUGGGGUACUCAAAGGAGCAACUAGACAGCAUGUUUCCUAAUAGAAUGGCAUUCUCGAAGUUUCAAAUCGAGCGUGUAAAGGAGCGCAAUGACUUAACCCAACGACUGAUGAAUAUCAACGGCAUGAAUGGUGAAGAUGCUCUGUACAAAUCAGGACAACGUAUUGCCGGAGAACGCGGGAAGGAGUAUGUCUUGGUGAAGGAUGAUACCAUUGAAGGGGGCUGGGUUCUGGGUGUUGUGGGGAACAAAGAAGGCCAGGAGGACAAACCUAUCGAUGUUGAUCAGUAUGGUCAGCAGCUCAUAUUCGUUGACAAAGAGGAUAAUUCGGAUGACGAUGAUGGUGGCUUUGAAGAUGUGCCUAUCGAAGGAUUGAACCGACUUCCUAAGCUGCCUUUCCUUCAAAAAGGGGGGUUCGAUGAAUCAAACAGGAACCAGAUGCGUGAUAGCUUGGAUACAGGAGGCCCCGAGCUGCAGGAAGCCAACGAUGACUCCCUUUUCGUGGAAGGUGGUCAGAACGAACUAGCGAAUCAUAACCACCAUACCACAGAUACAUUGUUCGAUGCCACUGGAGAUGAUGAUGACGAAACGCUUCAACGAGCGAUCGCGAUGUCUCUCCAAUCUGGUGUUGGUGCCGAUGCCGGUACCAACGAUGAUGAUCUACCUGAAAUCCAGCUUAACCAGAACUACGUGUCCCUUCCAUCUAUCCACGAGGCCCCCGCAGACCUUACGGAUCAUAGUGAUGACGAAGGAAUGGACUUUGUCGCCGCCUUAGCACAAUCCAAGAGAGUAAAGAAAGCACCGCCCAAAGUGGCAGGUAACCCCUUCGAUGGUCCGCUUCCCUUUGAGUCACUUAAACCGUUCAAAGCUGGAAAAUCAACCAACCGUGGUAAAUCAGCUGAACAAGAAUCUGGCGCAACAAAACCCGACAAUGAAUCAAGUAAGACGAAGGAUAACCAGAUACUGCCGCCGUGGUUCUCAGGGCCAUCGCAAAGUGUCAAGGAUGUUGAGUUCGUCAGUGAUAAGGUUCACCAUCGUCCAGUGGCGAAGCCGCCUAGUGAGCAGAAUGUACCAGAUCACGUGUUCAUCGUUGGCGAUGAAGAAACGAUGGAGGACCAUGAUUCAGGGGCUUUAAAAGGCUCAAAACCAUUCAUUGACUUGGAGCCGACUCCUCAAUCGAACGGUGGUGGUCAAAAAUCUCAAAUCAAUUUCGAGGUUGGACCACAAGUAACUCCUGUCGAAGCACAAGCUACUGAAACAAAGGACGCCGAAGCUUUGGAAGUACAUACGGGAGAUAUCAUUCCAGUGGAUGCGUCCAAUCCAUCUAUGACGGAGAAACACAUCUCCAUUGAUGAUGAAACAGAUUUGAGGCACGCCGAAACGUCGCCAUCGCCUGAGUUCGAGGAUGUUGUCAUACAGCCAGACAGCAUACCCACGGAACCAACUACCCUAGAUCAAUCAGACCAAGUGGAAGAAUAUUCUGAUGACGACAAUUUUUCAGAUCCUGAAGACGAGCAAUUACUCGAACAGCUUGCGGCUGAAGGGGAAGAGCAUGUACGCUUUGCAGCGACACUAAACUCUACUUCUCACACCGAACUUCCAUUUGACUACGAGCAAGAGCUAAGACAGUUGCGGUCUCAGCAAAAGAAGGACCGCCGAGAUGCAGACGAAGUGUCACAAGUCAUGAUUACUGAAUGCCAGCAGUUGCUGAGGCUAUUCGGUCUUCCAUACGUCACGGCCCCUAUGGAGGCUGAAGCCCAGUGUGCAGAAUUGGUGUCACUUGGCCUUGUUGAUGGUAUCAUCACCGAUGAUAGUGAUGUGUUUUUAUUUGGAGGCACACGCGUCUACAAAAACAUGUUCAACCAAAGCAAGUUUGUUGAAUGCUACCUCACAACUGACCUAGAGAAAGAGUACUCUCUAUUCCGCACCAAACUCAUCAGGCUCGCCCAUUUAUUAGGGAGUGACUACACAGAAGGAAUCCCCGGCAUCGGGCCUGUAACUGCUUUAGAGAUCCUCACUGAAUUCGGGACACUGGAAGAAUUCCGUGAUUGGUGGACGCAGGUGCAGACAGGACUCAAUAUGGGCAACGAUAGUCAUGCAAUAUUCUACAAGAAGUUCAAAAAACAUGCUACAAAAAUCUUCCUACCACCGUCCUUCCCCGAUCCCCGAGUCGAUGCCGCGUACCUGGAACCAGAGGUGGAUUCGGACCCGUCUCCCUUUCAGUGGGGAGUGCCCGACUUGCAUGGUCUAAGGAACUUCCUUAUGUCAACAAUUGGCUGGAGUCAAGAACGCACUGAUGAGGUGCUGGUGCCCGUAAUUCGCGAUAUGAACCGCAGAGAGCAGGAGGGCACACAAUCGAAUAUUACUAGUUUCUUCAGCGGUCCGCAAGGAGCGGGUGCUUUUGCACCGCGUGUCCGCAGUGGUGGACAGACAAGGAUGGAGAAAGCAUUUAGUCGACUCCGGCAGCAAGCUAUAUCUGUGGAACAGGAUGAUUCAAUUGGCCUAGAUAGUCACUUGCAUGAUCCAGCUGCAGAUGGGUCAUUGGAGAGCCCAGUACCAUCAAAUCUGGCGACAGGAACGGAGACGCGCCCCAAACGAGGGCGUCGCGGAGCACGAAAUGCACCGGAUGGGCAAGAUGAUAUGGCGGAGAGGACUGCUACCAACAAAAAGCGUCGGACCCGCGCCAAGUAG